AUGUCCUUUGGCCGUACAUCUACCUCAGCUCUUCCCCCUGGCGCAAACCGAAUCCUCUUUGUGAAGAAUUUGAAUUAUAGUAUCACUGGGGAUGAUCUCUACGAUCUUUUCGGUCGUUACGGGUCAAUACGGCAAAUCCGAAUUGGGAACGAAGCUAAGACUAAGGGCACGGCGUUUGUUGUAUUUGACGAUGUGAUGGAUGCAAAAAAUGCUCUAGACCAUUUGAACGGGUUUCAUCUUCAGGAGCGGUACAUUGUUGUGCUGUAUCAUAUGCCUGGCCGACAGGACGCAGCUGCUGCCAAAGAUCUCGCUCGACGAGAAGAAGAGCUGGCGGCUCUCAAGAAAGCGCAUAAUAUACCGGAUGAAGACUGAUCUGUUAUCUUGCCUAUUGUACCUUGUACCACAUUUAGCCUAAUCCAAGCAGUUGCGAAUGAUUUGGUUUCCCAGUGCUGAAUGUGGCAUGUCAUUAAGGUCAGUGGCAUCACGUUCACGUUGUCCCGUCCGCCAUAUGACGAAGUCGAGAGCAAGAAUUGAAGUCUUAGUUCACCAAUGUGAUACAAAAUAGUACUAAGUACAAAGCUAGCGUUAUCCUCAAAUAAUUCCCUGCUUUUUGAGGUCUUCAUUUCUUGGCGUCCUUCUUGCUUUAAUUUUUCGGCGACUGGUUUGACUUCGGUCAACAUCGAAAGAAAAGGAAGGUAAGCGCCACCUACGAGCCAGUGCAUCUUCAAUCCUCGUGAUUUCGUGGAAGUGUUUUGUGUUCGGAAGCCCGAGGGCACGCAUGCCAAAUGCGUGCCGCGAC